AUGGAUGAAUCUAAACCUAACUCUGUAUUUCCUUGGGAUAAGUUAUCGGAUGAUCUAUUAUUUGAUAUAUUUUCAUCAUUACCACAGCCAGAUCGCUUAUCAUUAUGUCUAGUUAAUAAAAGAUGCAAUAGAAUUGCAACAAAAUUAAUUUAUCGAAGAAUAUAUUUAAAUGAUUCAAACGUUGUUACAAGCGAUUUCAUGGAUCUUGCGAUCAAUUGGACUUUGCUGAUGAUCCCUUCGUAUUUACCGGAAGAAAGAUCAAGAUUAUUGGCUAAUAAGAAAUUGAAAGGAUUAAUUAAGACUUUUAUUAGAAACCCAGUAACCUUGAAGAAUGUCCAAUGGAUUAGAAUUAAUUGGGACUUAGAAGGUGAGUUGCAAAAACGUAUCUUGGAAUUGUUAUGUUCAGAGGGUACUUCAUUACAAAGGUUAGAAAACAUCACAGAUCCUUCGUGUAACGAUAUUAUUGCUAAUGGGAAAGUUUCCAAAUAUCAAGUCACAAGUUUUGAUAUGGCUCCACCAAAUUCUUUACCAGAAUUACCUGUACCAGAGAAUUAUAUUCCAAAUUUGAAAAUAUAUCUAAGACAAAGAAUUUCUUCUAGAUUAUCUCAUAUGACUUUAUUCAUCGAUCCUUUAAAAUUAUUCAAUUAUUUGUAUCUUUUAAAGGGGAAGUUACAAAUUGUUGAUUUAAAAUUUCAUUGGAGAAGAGAGUUUUUUGAUCCUAUUUAUUUUAAAAAUCCAAUACGAAAUUCUUCGACUUUGCCUCCAUUAAGAGAUUUAUCUGAAAUAUUCGAUGUUAGAAGUUUAAAAGUCCUAACCGUUAUUUCAUGGAAUGAACAAUUGUUACCAAGAGAAGUAGAAAUGAUUAAAAAUUUUAAAGAAUUUAUCUAUCUAGAAGAUCUUUCAUUGAUAUCAAUUAAGCAAGAUACAAAAUUAUUAGUACCGUUAUUUGAAUAUUUAAAGAAUUUGAAAAGAAUUAAAAUGGAUUUUUUACAACAAUAUUCACCAGAAUCUACAAAUCCUGAAAUUUUCUUAACAAUUUUAUUGAAUUGUAAUAAAUUGCAAUUCAUCGAUAUGAGAUUUGAAGGUAUGGAUCUUCCAAUUAUCUCAAUCAAGGAUAGAACCGUUGAUAUAUUACAAAAAUGUCAAUGUAAUAAAUGUAAUCAUGUUUUCAAUAAGAUUUUAAAAGAAAAAUUAUUCCUCUUUUCGGAAGAUAUAUAUUUAGAGGGUGAUCAUGAAGCUGCAACGAAGGAUAUAUUUACAAUGAUGAGAGCUUUAUCAUUAUUACCUUAUUCAAAAGCUUGCGAUUCUUAUCCAAGUGUAAGAACUCAACCAAUGAAUUUACAUGAAUUUGUUAAUAUAAUGAAUGAUAAUUUAUUUUCUUAUCGUAAAAAUAAAAAUCAAUUGGUUAAAGAUUUUAGUAGAAAUAUCUUUAAAAAAUUGGAAUUAAAUGAUUCAUUAAACCUUAAUAAUGAUGAUAAUAAUGAUAGUCAUACUACCCCUCUAUCUUUCCAUAAUGAUGAUUAUAGAGAACAAUUUAAUAAUGAUCAUGAGAUUAAUAAUGACAAUAAUAAUGAUGAAUAUACCAUGAGUGAAGUCCCGGUUAAUGAAACUCCAGUUAACGAAUUUACACCUAAUGAAAAUACUAAUGAUGACUUAUUCGAUUAUCCAAUAUACAAUGACGCAAAUGAUAAUAUUCAUCAAAAUAGAAAUGAAAAUGAGAAUGCUGUUAUUGCAUGGGAAGGAGGUAAUACACAACCAGAAGAAAAUGGGUUUAUGACAACAAGGGAACCUAGUGAAACACCCAAUGAUGAAUUAGUAGAAACAGAAGUUGAAGUGGAAGAAGAUGGUGGAAUUACUGUAAACUUUGAACCAAAUACCAAUAAUGGGACAAUAAAUAUCCCAAUUACUAAUUUUUCAACAAAUGCUUCAGAUGCUAGUAGUGGCCUACCGUCUGACUUUUUAGGAAUGAGUAAUAUCUUACCUCCUUAUACUACUUGUGAUGAUGAUGGCUAUUUAUUAAAACUACCUCAUGAAGUAUUAACAGAAAAAGACGUUAUUGAUUGCUACCAUGCAUUAAUUCAUCAUUAUAGGGCAACAUAUAUUGCGUUUUUGAGAGGUUUCCCAAAGCUAAGAUUUUUAAUGUUGAAUGAUAUUCCAUCUGUUGUCGUUGAAGAAAACUGUGAAAGAAUUUUCCAACCAGCUUUAUAUCAUGCAGAUUAUAAGACGAAUUUAACAGGCUGGUCAUGCUCUAAUUCCAAUAAAAACGGGAGGUGA